AUGGCGGCGAGACUGUCUCUCAACACCCGUAGUCGCUUACUACGAGCACCUUUACUCUCGACUAUCUCGCGUGCAACCCCACUUCUUCCGAGGACCGCGUCGCUACUUGCGCCAUAUGCUAGACCUACCUCGAUUUCGUCGAUCCGUCAUUAUGCCAAUGGCCGCCCCCAUCCGCCCGGUGGUACUCACCGCAUGAAUAUGAGCGGAGAGCCAGAAAAGGCUGCUCUGGAACAGUUCGGUGUUGAUUUGACAGCAAAGGCAAAGGCAGGAAAGCUGGAUCCGGUUAUCGGAAGAGAUGCAGAGAUUCACCGAACGAUCCAGGUGCUAUCUCGUCGCACCAAGAAUAAUCCUGUGUUGAUUGGUGCAGCGGGUACUGGUAAAACCGCAGUGUUAGAAGGCCUUGCGCAGCGCAUUGUCCAAGGCGACGUGCCCGAGAGUAUCAAGAACAAGCGCGUGAUCUCACUGGACUUGGGCUCACUCAUUGCGGGUGCCAAGUUUCGCGGUGACUUCGAGGAGCGUCUGAAGUCUGUGCUCAAGGAAGUCGAAGACGCCCAAGGUGGGGUCAUCCUAUUUAUUGACGAACUCCAUACAUUGCUCGGUCUGGGCAAGGCCGAGGGUAGCAUCGAUGCGAGUAAUCUGCUGAAGCCAGCUUUGUCCCGCGGCGAUCUUCAAUGCUGUGGUGCUACUACCUUAAAUGAAUACCGUCUGAUCGAAAAGGAUGUUGCGCUGGCGCGACGUUUCCAACCCAUCCUAGUUGACGAGCCCUCCGUCGCCUCCACAAUAUCCAUCCUGCGUGGUAUCAAGAAUAAAUACGAGGUUCACCACGGCGUCCGAAUCACGGAUGGUGCUCUCGUAGCUGCCGCCACCUACAGCAACCGCUAUAUUACCGAUCGCUUUCUUCCCGACAAGGCGAUUGACCUAGUAGAUGAAGCAGCUUCGGCACUUCGCUUGCAGCAAGAAUCCAAACCUGACUCAAUUCGAGAGCUGGAGCGUGAUAUUACCACCAUUCAAAUUGAGCUCGAGUCUUUGCGUAAAGAAACGGAUGUUAGCAGCCGUGAGCGGAGAGACAAGCUGCAGGAAGAGCUCAAGAUUAAGCAAGAGGAAGCUGGUAAAUUGACCGAGGUCUGGGAAAAAGAGAAACUCGAGAUCGAUGGCAUCAAGCGCACGAAAGAAGAUUUGGAACAAGCGCGAUUCCAAUUGGAACAAGCACAACGUGAAGGCGACUUCGCCAAGGCCGGAGAACUCCGCUACUCAACAAUCCCUGCCUUAGAAAGCAAGCUGCCUAAGGAGGGUGCGGAGAAGGAUGCGGGCGAGGCCCUCAUUCAUGACUCUGUCACAGCUGAUGAUAUCGGAAAUGUGGUUUCCCGGACCACGGGCAUCCCUGUCAACAAACUUAUGGCAGGAGAUGUCGAGAAGUUGAUUCAUAUGGAAGAUACGCUUCGCAAGUCGGUUCGUGGACAGGAUGAAGCUUUAUCUGCAGUUGCCAAUGCCGUUCGAAUGCAAAGAGCGGGCUUGAGUGGUGAAAACCGCCCGCUGGCAUCAUUCAUGUUCCUUGGCCCGACUGGUGUGGGUAAGACAGAGCUCUGCAAGAAGAUGGCUGAAUUCCUUUUCUCCACCGAAAGUGCUGUUGUGCGAUUCGAUAUGAGUGAAUUCCAGGAGAAGCACACCAUCAGUCGCUUGAUUGGCUCUCCAGCUGGAUACAUUGGCUACGAUGAUGCCGGUCAACUUACUGAGGCUGUCCGACGAAAGCCAUAUGCUGUGCUUCUGUUUGACGAGUUUGAAAAAGCUCAUCGGGAUAUCUCAGCUUUGCUUCUGCAGGUUCUGGAUGAGGGCUUCCUCACAGAUGCUCAGGGCCACAAGGUUGACUUCCGAAACACACUGAUUGUCUUGACUUCUAACCUUGGUGCUGAAAUCCUAGUUGGAGGCGAUCCCCUGCAUGCCUACAAGGAUAGUGGUGAAUCCGAGGUGCCCGCAGACAUAAAGAAGGCUGUCAUGGAUGUUGUCCAGCAUGCAUACCCGCCAGAGUUCUUGAACCGGGUCGACGAGUUCAUCAUCUUCAAGCGCCUCUCACGGGAAGCCUUGCGGGAUAUCGUCGAUAUCAGAAUCAAGGAACUGCAGGGCCGGCUUGAUAGCCGCCGGAUGACUCUCCAGGUGGACGGUGAGAUCAAGGAUUGGUUGUGCGAGCGAGGCUAUGACCCUAAGUUCGGUGCUCGUCCCUUGAAUCGCCUCAUCGCGAAAGAAAUUGGAAACCGGCUGGCCGACAAGAUCAUUCGUGGCGAGAUUGUCUCUGGCCAAACUGCUCAGGUUUCUCUCACGGAUGACAAGACUGCUUUGGUGGUCACUCCCAAGGAGAUGGAAGAAAAAGCGUAA